GGCCGUCAGCUUUCUUCUGUAUGAUACCGUUAUCCAUAUUGGUGAUGAGAUCCAGUAUAUCUGGCGGGGUAAAAAAAAUCUCAUCACAUGUGCUUACGUUUCGAUGCGACAUAUACCCUACAUUGCACAAUUGUCAACCCUAAUCUUCUUCUUCCAACUGGAAGCCGGUCGCGAUCAUUCUCCGACACUGUGUCAUGGCCUUAUCGCAUACCAACUUGGUGUCAACCAGGCUGUGACAAUCAUUGUUGAGGCAAUUCUUCUGAUGCGCAUCUAUGCACUCUUCAAACAAAACAUUAUGGUCAUAAUCAGCGUUCUCGUACUGUUUACGGCGGAAAUUGCCGCUAUGAUCACGAUUCUGGCGCUCGGCGUCCCGAAAAUCGAGUUCAACUCGGUAUGUUUGGUUAGGAGCAUACCAUCAAUCAUGACCCCAUACUGGGCACUGUCGCUUAUUUUUGAAACAGCGCUGUUUGCCCUUACAUUGUACAAGUUUCUCACAGAUUAUGUCAAAGGACAACACUCAAUCCUGACGCUGAUCAUCCGUGAUGGCACAUGGGCUUAUGCAGCCAUCUUUGUGGCUAUGCUUGUCAACACGCUUUUGUAUCGAUUGGUCCACAACUCUUUAGCCGGACUCUGCUUCGCCUGGGAGUCUGCUAUCAUAUCAACAGUGGGAUCGCACAUUCUACUCAAUUUGAGGCGAUUUGGAGCGCAAUGUGUGCAUUCGUCAAGAUCUGUUAGGAAGCUGAGCGAGGCCAGUUCCAUAUCUUUCGCGACACCUCUCCAACGGCCAUCGCAUUUCAAUCAUUCUUUGGAGGAAGGUGUGACGGAUGGAUUGCGCGAGUUGGAAGAUUUUUGCAGCGCAACGUCCAGCGAUGAUCGCUUUGGGCCUUGAUGACUGGUUAAUGAAUAUUUGGUCCCUUCUACGGUAUUUGGGUUACGUCCGCACUACGUAUAGACACUGUUAACGGCUCUCAGACUCUGCGCGUCGGCGAUAGCUCGGCCUCGCUAAGCUUUCACGUGCAGCGCAGCGUGCUUGUGUAUCCGUAGUACGUACAUGGUGGAUGGAAGUGCUGGUACAAAUCGAACUCCACGUCACCGCGGCUGCCGUUCA